UUCUCUCACUCUCAUUCAUUCUUUUCCACUCUCUUUCUUUCUCUCUUUCUGCAGUGUCAGCUCCCGCCAAAGCAGGGAUCUUCUCUACAACAGCAAAGAGGCCCAACGAAAAUGCGACCGAGUACAUUCAGGUGGAAUGUGGAAAGACUGUAAAUGUAACAUCCGACAGGGCCGAAAAGGUUACCAUUUCUUGUGUUGGCGGUCCCAAGACGUAUCAGAUGGACCCAUACGAAGUAUAUCUGCAGAUCAAUAUCAGUGAUCUCACUCCAACGACUGGCACCUGCAGGCUGCCCAGAGUCUCCAUGAGCAAUCAGGGAUCUAAUCCCAGUGCCAAUAGCCAUCCGGGUCAUCCGGGCCAAGACAGCAAUGCCAACGCCAGCGAUGAUGAGGAUGUCUUCCUGGUGAACGUGACGACUUCCCGAAGCAACGGGCAACGCAAGACGUACCUGGAGCAUUGCAUGUACGAGUCGUUUGGAAUUAUGCAGGUAAAAAUGAACAGCUUGGUCGAUGCCGCAGCACAAGGGGCAGGAGGAACAGGAGGAGAUGAUCAUGGAGAAGGAGGAGGCGGAAGGGAAGACACUAAAGACCUAAGCAUCGUCAUGGAAAUACGCGACAAAUCAUGGAAUAUGCUGACAGCACAAACGUCAGCCAACACUGCUGUGUGUUUGUUUGCCAACAUAUCCGCAUACAACGGAACAGACCUUGGUGCGCCCCACAGCAUCGACACCAGCAAAGCCAGAGACAGGGAAAGCGGAACAGCCUCACAUAUCUUGGUAAAGGAUUGCAACUUGACAUUAUCGAAUUCGACGGUGCUACCACUGAUCAGAGAUUACUGUGGCACAGGUGACUUUAUCCCGAUGGACAAGGGUGUCACGAAUGACGGCGAAACACUUGUCAGUUUCCCUUUCCAUACAGCGGAGCUUAUUUUGGGUGGCAUAACUGCAAACUGCUCCUAUAUCCUUUGCGGCAAUGACUCCUGUAAAGGGGACAGCUGUGAAGUUGGAGGGAUGGUGGAGGAAUUCGACGGUGUGUCACGAGAUGACGAUGGUGAUGAUGAAGACGAUGGCAGCGAUGGUGAUGAUGAAGACGAUGGCAGUGAUGGUGAUGGUGUUGGUGAAGAUGGUGAUAGCGGCAGUAGUAAUAGUAGUAGUAGUAAUAGUAGUAGUAGUAAUAGUAGUAAGGAUGGUGCUGAUGGUGGUGGUGAUGACAUCAAUGCUGGCCGAACCGACAGCGAUGACAAGGAUCACAGCAGCAAUAAUGAUGCUAGCAACAAGGAUGAUGGUGAUGGUGAUGGUGAUGGUAGUCAUGGUGAUGGUGAUGGUAGUCAUGGUGAUGGUGAUGGUAGUCAUGGUGAUGGUGAUGGUAGUCAUAGUGAUGAGAAUGAUGAUGGUGAUGAUGGUGAUGAUGGUGAUGAUGGUGAUCAUAAUCACGAUCAUGAUGAUAGCAAGAAUCAUACACGCAGUGACGCUGAAGAUACGAACCCAGAAAAUUCAGAUGCUGAGAAACAGCCGGCACCAGAACCAGAGGAGACAUCAGCUGUGCCUGAGGAUCAGAAUGUUAAUGAGACAGCAGAUGUGAUGAAGAAUUUGACACUGAAUAGUGGGGAUGUUGGAUUUGGUGGGGAGACAAACGAACAUGAUGAAGACAGUCAGCCGGCAUCGGAGACAGAAGGGAGUCAAAACAGUUUGGAAGCAUCUGCGAACCCUGCUGUGAAUGCAACUGAAGCCCCAGCUAGGCAACCAAAUAGACAUAAGAACAGACAUCAUUCGUCGAAGAAAAGAAAAGGUGGGAAACGAGAGAGAAGGGAUCACGAUGAAGAGGAAAGAGAAGAAGAGGAAGAAGAAGAAGAGAAUGGAGAGGAAAGAGAAGGGGAAGAGGAAGAAGGAGCAGGGGCAGGAGGACAUGAAGAGGAAGAGGAAGGAGUGGAACAUGCAGAAGAAGGAGGAGAAGGAGGAGGAGAAAAACAAAAGGGAAAGGAAAAUGAUUUAACAACAUUUGGAAACUCAUCUCAAACAAAUGACAAUAGUAUUGACCACAGCAACAACAAUGACAGUUUUGACAAAAGCAUAGAACCUUCGACGAGUAUUGACGAAGAUCACCAGGGGUCAGAAAAUGGUUCAAAUCCUGAUGAUCAUCAUGCCAGUACCGGUCAACAAGGGGAGGAAAAGGAUGAUGUUGAUGGUAGCGAUGAUCACGAGGGCAAUGAUCACAGAAAUGACGAUCAUGAUGGUGAUGAUGAUGAUGGUAAAGUUAAGGAUAAGGAAAAUAACAGUAGUGAGGACAGUGGAGAUGAAGUUGACCAUGGUGAUGUCAAGGAUAGUUCGACAGAGACGUCAUCAAACACAACAGAGGGUGCAACGAAGAUGGACGCAGGCAUGAAGGACACUGCAUCACAGCCGACAGAGGAUGGCGACAGCCCGAACUCAGAAGAUUCUUCGACGCCAGCAGAAGAAACUGAAAAGCGAGAGGGGGAGGAGGAUGAGAGGAGCGAAGGUGAGGACAAUGAGGAAGGAGACGAGGAAAGGGAAGAGGAGGUGGGAGAGGCGGAUGUCAAGAUGGAAAAGACAGAGCCACGUGUCGAUUCUGACCUGUCGAAAACCUGACUGAAGCGAUAACAUCAGGGGAUGAGUCUGAUCUUCCACCCACGAAACUCGGUGAGGAAACUUUGAAUGAGAAUUGGGACUCCGACAAUGAGGGCUUUGACAGCGAGGAAAACGACACGUCUGCUGCAGCUGAGCCUGCACCUACAACUGUGAAAAUAGCUGCAGCUGCAGCAACCACUGCAGCUACUGUGAUGAAGUCAAGGACAUUAGAGGAUAAGGACAGGGAGGGCUCAGCGUUUUCAGAAGAGGGCAAUGAAGGAGAAGACAAUAAUGGCCUUGGUGAUGACAAUGAUAAUGAAAAUGGUGACAGCGAUGAUGACAAUGAUGAUGGUGAUGACAAUAGCGGUGGUGGUGGUGGUGGUGGUGGUGGUGGUGGUGGUGGGGAUAAGGACGCUGAUGACAAUGAUGAAAAGGGUGAGAGUAACGACGAAGAAGUGGAAGAAGGGGAGAAGUUUGAAGAAGGGCCAGAUGCUGGAGAGCAGCAAUCUACUGGUUCGUCUGAGGUGAGCAAUGAAGAGGAGGAGGAGAAAGCAAUCCCAUCUGAUUCAGACAGUGAGGGCCAAAGCUUUGUGGACAAUCCCGAAUCGGAAGACGACAGCAACAACAACAAUAGCAACAGCAGUAACAUAGGGGACAGCAACGAACAGGGGACAGGUGAGAAUGAGAUGCUCCCUGCACAAACUACAUAUUAUCAACUGACACAGACAACGCCACCUACAGGUCAGAAUGGAAACACGAUACAGAAACCCGAAAAGGGUGAUGCCGGCGGUGGGAACACUGUAGACGCAACUGGCACCACGGACAACAACGAUGAUUACGAUGGCACGGAAAACGGCAAGAAAUCUGGACAUCCUCACUCAAGAAGGAAAGGUGGUGCCUCCGGAAAACACAAGAAGAAGAAGGGCUCCAGGAAGACCGGGAGGAAGAAGAGAGGAUGGACAUACGAAAAGCAUCUUAGCGACACUCCUGACCAACGCGGGUUUCGCAGAUGACUGAGGGCUGAUUUGGGGCUCUGGUAAUCAGGUGUAGAAGAGGGUGAAAUAACAGAAGGGUGAGCAUUGGUCAGUCAUAUGAUCAAAGACACUCCAAUUAUGACCAUCCCUUCUUUUAUUUAGACGUAAUGUAUCUAGGAUUGCAUUAUAUAAUGUAUAGUAUAAUAGUCAGUUUUAGUGUCUAUGGUUGUCAUUUAGCCCCAGGUCAGCAUUGAUCCAGCAGACAUAAUCGAAGAUGUUCUAGUUAUGACCAUUCCAUCAAAUUUUAGACAUAGGACAUCAAAACUAGGUUAUCUAAUUUUUAGUAUAGGACUUAAUAUUUUUCGCUGUAGCUCUUGUUCUUUAACCUCAUCAUGUCUUCUAUUCAGGCAUAGUGUAUCUAGGACAGUGAUAUACAACAGCUGCAGUUCAUACCCAACAAAAUCUAAAGUAAGAAAAUAAAUCGACCUUUAUCAUU